AUGAAGGAGAGUAGAGACGGAGUUGUUCAAAUGGAAAUAUUUACCCAGUCUCAAAUGGCAGAUAUUCUCGUGUUUAUUUACACUGGCAGCAUAGAGAUUUCGAAUCUACAGAAACUUGAGGACUUGGUUGCAGUCGCUGAUUAUUUGCUCCUUAAAGGCUUGAAGUUUAUCGCCCAGAAAUUUACUGCUCAGAACUUGUCAUCUGCGAAUUGUAUUUCAUAUUAUUACCUAACAGAGAAAUUUAAUUGCGAAGAGCUGAUCAACAGUAGCCGGAAGUUUAUCCAUUUGAACUUUGCGGCCGUCGCCGAAUCAGAAGGGUUUAAGAAUCUGCCGAGUGACGAGGUUGAAAAAUGGAUUUCAAGCGAACACAUAGUCAUAAGCGAAGAGGAAGAUGUGCUUAAAGUUCUGUUGAAGUGGAUUAAUCAAGAAAAGAGCCAGCGAGACAAUCUUCUCGCCUGUGAUAAGUACAUCUUCGCUAUUGGAGGAUAUAUGCUAUUGGAAGGCAAUGAAUUUUCAGUCCGUUCGGAGGCCGCUCGAUUUGACACGGUUGAAAAUAAAUGGGAGGCAAUUGCACCCAUUCAAGAAGCGAGAUUUUACGCUUUUGGCAUGGUCGCAAACAACAAGAUUUUCAUUGGGGCAGGAGUUGGAAAAAACAGCAAACAUUUGAAAACCUGUGAAGUGUACAACAUGUUGGUAGACGAGUGGCAGUCCAUAGCAAGUUUGACGGUUCCUCGUCAGCAAGGCAACAUGGUAUUGGUCAAUGAAACGCUGUACGUUCUGGGUGGGUAUUCGCAAGGUUUGUUUUCCCCCCUAGUUGAGUGUUACGACCAUGAGGAAGACCGGUGGAACGAGAAGACUCUGAUACCUUCCGCCAAGGAAAUAAAAUGUCGCUUUUUUACGUUCAAGGCGACUUAUCUAAAUGUUUUCAAAGAAUCUUUGAAUAAGCUGAAAGUCCCUGGAGACAUUGGCAAUGAAAUGAAAAGUUAA